UAAGGACCUACGAUCCGACGAAUUGAUAGUGCCAGCAAUUCCGUCCCAAGGUUUUUUAUAUCGAAAAGAGAGAGCUUCCACGAGCCGAAAUGGAAAAAACACCACUGCAAAUUAAAUAUGAAGAUUUAGAAUUUUUUAUGACAAAUUUAAAUAAAGCCUGGCAAGAAAUUCGUUUUCAAAAUGAAAUUGUACCUGACAUUACGCAAAAAAUUGAGGACUUAGAAAAAGUCAUAACAAGUCAGCAUUAUUUUAUUAAAGCGAUCGCACGACCGAUGCAGAGAUUAAAAAAUUUAGCGAUAAAGAUGACUCAUUCUGAUUUCGAUAUAUACCGAUUACUAACUGACUUUAAAGAAAUGGUUGACCGUAUAAUGCAUAACUUGAGAACACCACACCAAUUUAAAGAUGAAGAUUUAGACUCUCUUAUGACAUUUUUAAAUGAAAUCUGGGAAGCAGUUUAUUCUCAAAAGAAAACUGUAUUUAAGUUUACGCAAAAAAUUUACAAACUAGAAAGAGUCAUAUUAAAACAGCAUACUAUCAUGAGAGGGGUCUCACAACAGAUGCAAGAUUUAAACAGUUUAGCGUCACAGCUGUCUCGUUCUAUUUUCAAUACAUUACAUUUAUUAAUUGCAACAAGACAAUCGCUUUACACUAUAAUGGAUAGCUUGAGAACAUCACGUAAUGAAACACCGAAUCCAGAAACUGUUCUACCAACGAAUUCUCAAGAAAGUGAUACUUACGCUACUAUGCAAAGAAGCCGCACAAAUGUGCCACGUAGCUCGGAUUCACUCGCUCUUUCCAAACGAAAGCACCCAAUGUCGCAUCAAGCAGUUAUUCAAAAGCAAAAACGGAGAUGUCUUGGUGUUAAAAUUAUCCUUGAUAUUUCCAAAUUCAAACCUAAGCAAUCAACGGCUUCACGUACUGAUGAUAGCUGCACAAAUUUGCCACCCGCUAUUGACGGACCAAGCUGUUCAAACCUUGUAACGUUGGCUCGAACAACUAUUCAUGACCAAAGACCGAGUUCAAGUUCUGAUGCUAUUAAAUGUUUGCAAAGUCAUCAAAGUUGCACGAAAGAAAUUCCUUCAAAAAUUGAACACUCUUCAACUUAGCCAAAACAAAAAGAACCAUAAAAACUGAAAUGGAAAUAAUGGUGGUCCCUUUGAAAAUGAAACAGUUUUCAGAACAGAAUUUUUUGACAAAAUAUCAAAUAUUGCUAAAAUGAAAAAAAAUAUAUUUUUUUGACAAAAUGAUUAAUUAUGAUUUGCUAAAUUGUUUGAUAAACUAAUAUUAAAUCUAUUAUUAAAUUAACCGACCUCAGUAACGGGAAAAACAAAAGAUUUUGUUUAUAAGAGAUAAACACCUGCGAUAUUAUCAUAUUUCAUUAAAAAAAAAAUAAAAACAUUUAAAAUAAAAUAAAACUUAAUUUUAUUAAAAUUUUUCUCGAUCGAGUUGCCAAUUCACGAGUUGCCAAUAGAAGUCACGCCGACUCUCUGCGAAUUCAUACAACUUGUUCCAUUUGAGAAAAGAUUAAGCAUCAAUCAAGUGCCUCCGUUAGUGCUCACGUUGUCCGACGAUCGUAAUUUGUUAAGCAGAAUUGUACAGAGUGUAAUUAAUUUAAUUUGAAUAAAAACGUGUGCCAAUCCGAA